UUGUCCGCCUAAGCCAUUGGAGGAGCAAUCACUAAGGCAGUCUCCUCGCUGUUUGUUAUUAUUAGUAUCUCUAUUUUUAUUUUAUAAUUUUAUUCAGAUUAAAGUAAAUUUGCUAUCAUGUCCAAGAGACACCGAUUGGAUUUGGGAGAUGAUUAUUCGUCAAGCAAAAAGAGGAUUUCAUCUGAAGGAAAAGAUAGAGAUCGUGACAGAGAAAAAGAUGAUCGUCCAAAGGACAGAGAAAGAGACAGAGAUCGUGACAGAGAUCGUGAUCGAGACAGAGAAAAGGACUUAAAACCAUCUGGUAUUUCAUUGAAUCCUGUCAUGGCAGGACCUGGAAUACCACCUUUAAGACAAGCGGCAGUUAAUCAACAAAUCAAUCCAUUUACUAAUUUGCCUCAUACUCCCAGGUACUACGAGAUCCUCAAAAAGCGGCUUCAGUUACCCGUGUGGGAGUACAAAGAAAGGUUUAAUGAAAUUCUUACAAAACAUCAGAGCUUUGUUCUGGUUGGUGAAACUGGCUCUGGCAAAACAACACAGAUUCCCCAGUGGUGUGUGGAUAUGGUGCGAGCCCUACCUGGCCCCAAACGUGGUGUGGCUUGCACCCAGCCAAGAAGAGUGGCAGCCAUGAGUGUAGCUCAGAGAGUUGCAGAUGAAAUGGAUGUCAUGCUUGGUCAAGAAGUUGGAUAUUCAAUUAGAUUUGAAGAUUGCAGCAGUUCAAAGACUAUUCUCAAGUAUAUGACUGAUGGAAUGUUGCUUCGAGAAGCAAUGAAUGAUCCUCUCCUGGAGCGUUAUGGCGUCAUUAUUCUUGAUGAAGCCCAUGAGCGAACACUAGCCACAGAUAUUUUAAUGGGAGUUUUAAAAGAAGUUGUUCGUCAAAGAUCAGAUCUCAAGGUCAUUGUUAUGAGUGCUACUUUAGAUGCUGGGAAAUUCCAGGUUUACUUUGAUAACUGUCCACUAUUAACCAUUCCUGGUCGCACACAUCCAGUGGAAAUUUUCUAUACUCCUGAACCAGAGAGAGAUUACCUGGAAGCAGCUAUCCGAACAGUAAUACAGAUCCAUAUGUGUGAGGAGGAAGAAGGUGAUGUUCUUCUGUUUCUUACUGGACAAGAGGAAAUUGAUGAGGCCUGUAAGCGAAUAAAACGUGAAAUUGAUGACUUGGGACCUGAAGUUGGAGACAUAAAGAUUAUUCCUCUUUAUUCCACAUUACCACCACAGCAGCAGCAAAGAAUUUUUGAGCCACCUCCACCCAAAAAGCACAGUGGAGCAAUUGGUCGAAAGGUGGUCGUUUCUACUAAUAUUGCAGAGACAUCUCUAACAAUUGAUGGUGUCGUCUUUGUUAUUGAUCCUGGCUUUGCCAAACAAAAGGUAUAUAAUCCACGAAUCAGGGUUGAGUCUUUGCUGGUCACUGCCAUCAGCAAAGCUUCAGCUCAGCAGAGAGCAGGGCGUGCUGGAAGAACCCGACCAGGAAAGUGUUUCCGUCUGUAUACGGAAAAGGCCUAUAAAACAGAAAUGCAGGACAACACCUAUCCUGAAAUUCUGAGAUCUAAUUUGGGAUCAGUUGUACUGCAGUUGAAGAAACUUGGUAUUGAUGACUUGGUGCAUUUUGAUUUUAUGGACCCACCAGCUCCUGAAACACUGAUGAGAGCUUUAGAACUACUAAAUUACCUUGCUGCUCUUAAUGACGAUGGAGAUUUGACGGAGCUGGGCUCUAUGAUGGCAGAGUUUCCAUUGGAUCCACAGCUGGCUAAAAUGGUCAUUGCUAGCUGUGAAUUUAAUUGUUCCAAUGAGAUCCUCUCUAUCACUGCAAUGCUGUCAGUCCCACAGUGUUUUGUUCGUCCAACGGAGGCUAAGAAAGCUGCUGAUGAGGCGAAGAUGAGGUUUGCGCACAUAGACGGAGAUCACUUGACUCUACUUAAUGUCUACCAUGCAUUCAAACAAAACCAUGAGUCGGUUCAGUGGUGUUAUGACAACUUCAUUAACUACCGAUCACUUAUGUCUGCUGACAAUGUACGCCAGCAACUCUCCAGAAUAAUGGACAGAUUCAAUUUACCUCGUAGAAGCACUGAAUUCACUAGUCGAGAUUAUUAUAUUAACAUCAGAAGAGCACUAGUUACUGGCUUCUUCAUGCAGGUUGCUCAUUUGGAAAGAACAGGGCAUUAUCUGACAGUGAAAGAUAACCAAGUAGUACAGUUGCAUCCGUCUACAGUUCUUGAUCACAAGCCUGAGUGGGUGCUAUACAACGAAUUUGUCCUCACAACCAAAAACUACAUUCGAACUUGCACAGAUAUAAAACCAGAAUGGUUGGUGAAAAUAGCCCCACAAUACUAUGAAAUGAGCAACUUCCCACAGUGUGAAGCGAAAAGACAGUUAGAACGCAUCGUUGCCAAACUUCAGACAAAGGAAUAUUCACAAUAUUGAAAUUGAAGAUAGAACCCUAGCUGCUCUCUGCAUCGAGACAGUGAUUUCACCUUUUUAAGAUGUACAAUAAUAAAGCUGUUCUUUAACCUUUCGUUUGAAAUAUUUUUAAUGUUUAAGUUCAAAUUUGAUUAUUUUUGUAACUUGACUUUUCUGCCCUCUUUACCCAGUAGAAUAUGAAAUCUGUAAUAUUAGCGUACUUCAAAGCAAUUGUACAUUAAAAUUGGAAACUUCAAAAUUUCUCAUCUAAUACUGUUUUUGUUUGUAUAUUGAUUAUAUAUAUAUAUAUAUAUAUUUAAUUCAUUUUUUUAUUUUUCUCUCUACAUAUGUACAACACUUCCUAUGCAGCUUCCCAAUCAAUAUCCGCUUCCCCAGUCCAUGUUAUGCAUGAUUUUUCAUGUUGAUGUUGACAUUCCUUCUAGAACUUGUGAACUCUUUCUCACUUUCAAAUGUGCUUAUGUAAAAAGUCAUUUCCACAAAAACCUUUGACUUGAAUAAAGUCUUACUGUCCUGGU